AUGGCUAAAAUAUUGGGAGUAACCGAAUUGGUUCCCGUUAGGCCGAAUUGGUUCCCGUCUGAAAAAGAAGUGAAGAUUCGUGAAGACGAUGUUACACUUGCGCGACAACAAUUGACAAAUUCACUAAAAAGAAAAUGUGACGAACUUAUUACAGAGCGACCAUCUAAAAUUAUACGCAAAGAGAUAGCUUCAAACAGUCAUGGUGAGUCACUACUUCAAAAUUAUAUUAACAGAGCCCGUAAAAAUUUGAAUGCUGCUAAAUUAAGAACAAUUCCCAAGUUACCUUCUAAUCUUGAAGAACUGCAUAAAAGUGUCAGUGAAUAUUCGUUAAUAACUAAUCUCGGAGAAAAAUUUAUUUAUGACAACGAUUCUGUCAACAAUAUAAUUACAUUUACAUGCACGCAGAACUUGGAACAACUCAAGAAAGCCACUACGUUAUUUGUCGAUGGAACAUUCAAAAGUUGUCCUAAGCAAUUUUACCAAUUAUUUUCUAUUUUUAUCAAAGUACAGAAUAGCUAUGAUCCUGUCGUAUUCAGCCUACUCCCGAACAAGACUACUGACACUUACAUACUUGCAUUCAAUAAGGUUGCAAAAUAUCUAACAGCUGGCACGGUUUUCGUUGAUUUUGAAACAGCUAUCCAUAAUGCUAUAACUUCACAGCUACAUCAAGUUACAGUUAGAGGUUGCAGAUUCCAUUUAUGUCAGUCAUGGUGGAGAAAAAUUCAACAGUUUGGUCUCUCUAAUGAAUUUAAAGAUAAUGCUUCAGAAAUCGGACAACUUCUGAAACUCUUUUUUGGACUGCCCUUAUUAUCACCCGAAGACGUCGAAGACUGUUUUUAUAAUGAUUUGAUGGCCAUAAAACCUUGCUGCCCAAAAUUGGAUCAGUUCUUUGACUAUGUUCAUGAUACAUACAUAAUGACAGAUAGUAUCUUUCCACCGAAAAUUUGGGCUAGAUUUGACAAAAAUAUUGAUAGAACUACAAAUUGUUGCGAAUCGUUCCAUUCAAAGCUGAAUAAAGAAUUUACAAUUUAA